CUUUCGGGGCACAGCCCAGAGGGUAUAAAUGGUGCUGGAGGCUGGCGGACGCAGGUCAUCUGAGUCCCAGCAGCAGCCACCGAGACACCAUGAGGCCCAUCGUGACCCUCGCCCUGCUGGCCCUGGCCGUGCUCUGCCUCGCUGGCCAGGCAGGUGCAAAGCCCCGCCGUGCGGACUCCGGCCGAGGAGCAGCCUUUGUGUCCAGGCAGGAGGGUAGUGAGGUGGUCAAGAGGCUCCGUCGCUACGUGGACCCCGGGCUGGGAGCCCCAGGCCCGGACCCCCUGGAGCCCAAGAGGGAGGUGUGCGAGCUCAACCCCGACUGUGACGAGCUGGCGGACCACAUCGGCUUCCAGGAGGCUUACGCGCGCUUCUACGGAACGGCCUAGACCUGCCGCCUGCCCCCGGCGCCCCGCUGCCUCCCCUCCCCUUCACCCCUGCCCUACCAGUGUGGGGUCCCCACCAGCCCAGCUGCUCCAGAAUAAAUCCAGGCGAGGAACUA